AUGGGUAUAUGCAAUUCAUGUGAAUCUACAUCUGUUCCGACUGCGAAAUUAAUAUUACAAGACGGAAGAUUACAAGAGUUUUCUUAUCCAAUAAAAGCUUCGUAUCUUUUACAAAAAGAUCCUUCUAUUUUCAUCUGUAACUCCGAUGAAAUGGAAUUUGGAGAUAUGAUUUCCGCGAUAAAUACGGAAGAAGAGCUUCAAUUGGGUCAAUUGUAUUUCGCUAUGCCUUUGAAGAGACUAAGAAGUAGACUUCGGGCCGAAGAAAUGGCAGCAUUAGCUGUGAAGGCGAGUUCUGCAUUGAAGAGAACUAAUAGUAAUAAAGCGUUUGUAUUUCCUCAAGAAAAGAAUUGUGAUAGAGUGACAAGGAAUGUGGUGGACGGUGGUGGUAGUGGGAGGAGAGAGAAGAAGACGGCGAAGUUGAGUGUAAUACCAGAAUAG